UAUUUCCCCACCAAAGGAGAGAGGAGAGGGACCAAAAUGAUUUCCCAAUUGGUAAAGGAGCACCCUUACAUUUGUUGCUAUGUUGGUGUCUUAUUGGUGUUUUUAUCAUGUCAAAAAGCGUGGACGUUUUGGUGCAAAAACAACAAGUCCAGUGUGGGCAUUCCUCCGGGAAAUCGAGGAUUACCGUUUGUUGGAGAGACACUUCAGUUCAUGGCUGCCAUCAACAGCAGCAAAGGAGUCUACGAAUUUGUCCGAGUUCGCCGCCACCGGUAUGGAAAUUGCUUCAAGACAAAGUUGUUUGGGGAAACGCACGUUUUUAUUUCGAGCAGGGAGUCAGCAAAAGCGAUUCUAAACAACGAGGGAGGGAAAUUCUCAAAGAGGUACAUAAAAUCAAUGGCAGAGCUCGUUGGACCCGAUAGCUUGCUCUGCGCUCCACAACAGCAUCACAAACUCAUUCGUAAUCGUCUCUUAAGUUUGUUCUCAACUGAUUCCUUGUCCUCCUUCGUUAAACUGUUUGAUGCACUCGUUCUUGAAGCUAUGACUAGCUGGACAUGUGGAUCCGUUGUCGUCAUACAAGAUGAAGCACUCAAGCUGGCUUGUAAGGCGAUGUGCAAAAUGCUAACAAGCAUUGAGAGUAGCGACGAAUUAGCGAUUAUGCAAAAGGAGGUUGGUCGUUUGUGCGAAGCAAUGCUAGCAUUGCCUGUGAGAUUACCCUGGACCAGAUUUUAUAAAGGCCUUGAGGCUCGAAAAAAAAUUAUGGACAUAUUGGAAAAAGAUAUAAGUGAAAGAAGAAGUGGAAUUGCAACUCACCAGGCAGAUUUUCUUCAACAACUUCUAGAAGAAGAUGAUGAUAAACUAAACGAGGAUGAAAUCACAAGGCUAACAGAUAGAGAGAUCAAAGACAAUAUCUUGACUAUGAUAAUUGCAGGACAAGACACAAUAGCAAAUGCAAUGACAUGGAUGAUUAAAUAUGUGGACGAGAAUCGGGAGGUUUUUAAUACGCUCAUGAAGGAGCAGCUUCAGAUUCAGAAGAAAGGGACAAAAAAUGUGUAUCUUCCACUUGAGGCUCUUAAUGAGAUGCCAUAUGCUUCUAAGGUCGUAAAAGAAGCGUUAAGGAUGGCAUCCGUAGUACAGUGGUUGCCAAGAGUAGCACUUGAGGACUGUGUGAUUGAAGGAUUUAAAAUCAAGAAAGGCUGGAACAUUAACAUUGAUGCUAGAUCGAUACACCACGAUCCAACUGUGUACAUUGAUCCGAAUGUAUUCAAUCCUUCAAGAUUUCCUGCCGAGUCAAAACCAUACAGCUUCUUAGCUUUUGGGAUGGGAGGAAGGACAUGCCUCGGGAAGAACAUGGCUAAAGCUAUGAUGUUGGUGUUUCUCCACCGUUUCAUCACCAAUUACAAGUGGAAGGUGAUCGAUUCUGAUUCAAGUAUUCAGAAAUGGGCGGUUUUUACAAAACUUAAGAGUGGAUAUCCUGUUCGUUUGAUAUCUACAAUGGAUGACAAAUGCAAAACCAUGUAAGGAUUUUGCUUUU